UAAAGUGGGCGAGCAAUGUUUUAUAUUAUAGGAAAGAUUCAAAACAUGGCCAGCAGAAAAUCUGUUCGCAGGUCUCCAGAUAUUCUCACCCAUUCCCUAGCCCAGCUCCUUUUCAUAUCGCACUUUCCUCUUUUCUAUCUGUGAUAAUAUCUCACUCUCCAUUCUCUCUCUGUGUUAGUACUACAUCAUCAUCUAUAGACUAUAGACUAUACACCAGCAGCAGCACUUCAAAUGUUCGGCCAUUUCCAUUCCCACCUUCCUUCUCCUGGUAAGAAUUCCACUCUUCUGAGGUUUAAUUCUCUUUUAGCCGCGAUCACAUUUCUGGGUUUUGCUUUCGUUGGUUUCUGUGAUGAAUUCAAAAUGGUUUCACUUCCUCUUGGUUUUCGAUUUGACAAUACUAGGAUUUGGGUAUCUCAAAAUGGACUUUUUCAAUUUGGGUUUUUGGAGACCAACGAUGCUGCUGGAGGGUUUGUUCUCGGCAUUAGGCAUAACUUAGGUGAUAUCAAAACAGGGAAUUGGCAUGUUUGGUCAGCUGGUGGGGGUGUUAGGGUUUCUAUGAACUCCACAUUCACUCUUUCCUUAGAUGGAAGGCUGCUGUUAUGUGAUAAACCUAGCGCUCUCAUUGUUUGGAGUAGCAAUACCUCUAAUAUGGGUGUUCAGAAAGCCAGUCUUUUAAACAAUGGCAAUUUGGUUCUUACGGAUGUUCAUGAUAAUCUUCUUUGGCAAAGCUUUGAUAGCCCAACAAAUGCUCUUCUUCCCGGUCAGUCUCUUCAUUUCCCUCAAAAUCUUAGAGCUCCUUGGACUAAUUCAAUUUCCAGUUACUACACCUUUGUAAUUCGUCGAUCUGGGGAACUGGCUCUCCUUUGGGAGAACAAUGUGACUUAUUGGAGUAGUAGUAGUAGCUUGAGCAGCAGCAUCAUCUCUAAAUUGAGGUUCAAUGAUAAUGGAACUUUGGGGCUUUAUGAUUCUAAUGAAAAGAUGGUUUGGUUUGUUCAAAGCAUCGACUUUGAUGAAGUUACCACGGUUUUUAGGCAUCUCAGGAUUGACCCGGAUGGGAAUUUGAGAAUCUAUUAUUGGGACAACUUGGUUCGUGUUUGGAGAAUCGGUUGGCAAGCGGUUGAUGAUCAAUGUCGUGUGUUUGGCACUUGUGGAUUGUAUAGCCUAUGUGGGUACAAUUCUACAAGACCGGUUUGUAAAUGCUUGUUGUUUUCGGAUUCGGAUUAUGGUGGAAUUGGAUGUCGAAAAAUGGUGGAUUUAGGAAGUUGUGAGGGAACAACUAGCAUGUCUGUUAUGAGACAAACGGUUCUUUACGGUCUUUAUCCUCCGAACGAUGUUGAUCUUUUGUUGAGUCAAGAAGACUGUAAACAGUAUUGUUCUCGAGACAGUACUUGUGUUGCUGUGACAUCGAGAAACGACGGUUCUGGAAUCUGUACUGUCAAAAGAACCGGAUUCAUUAGCGGUUAUAGAGGCCCUUUUGUUCCUGCAACGUCGUUCUUGAAGGGCUGUUUGAUUCCCCAGGCAGUUGAAGCUCGACGACCAGACAAUGUUAUUAAUGUGGGAUCGAUGAGUGGCGGUAGGAAGAAGAUUGCUUGGGCUGUUUUUGCGAUAAUCUUGAUAACUGUCGGUAUUAUCGCGGUUAUGGAAAUUUCCGUGAUAUUGUAUCUAUGGCGGAGGGGAAGGGAAGUUAAGGAUGGAGAGUCUCGAUUGAUCCCACUUUGGAGAAAUGCUCAGCCGGCGAAUAUUCUCGUCAAACUAUCUUUCGAGGAGGUGAAGAAGCUGACGGAUGAUUUUGCUAUUCAAAUCGGCCCUUCUACUUUUAGAGGGUCCUUGGAUAAGAUGGCGGUUAUAGCGAAAGUCUUGAACGACUCGCCUGUACCCGAGAAGGAUUUUUGCAUGACGGUUUCGAUACUAUGUUGUGCAAAUCAUAGGAAUCUUGUUCCUCUAAGAGGGUUCUGUUUGGAAUCGACGAAAGGAAUUGUUCUCGUCUAUCAGUUUAUUGAGAAUGUUGUUUCCCUCGACAAAUGGUUGUUUGACUCGGAGACGCGUAAUUGGGAAGAACGACUCGAAAUAGGCCUCGGGAUUGCAAGAGCCUUAGCUCAUUUACACUUGGGAUGUCAAAAGUGCAUACCUCAUGGGAAUUUGAAGGUGGAAAAUGUCCUAUUGGACCAAGAAUGUGUCCCCAAGUUGACCGAUUAUGGGGUGGAGAGUUUAGUUCGAAAACAAUCUUCUUCUUCGAAUGAAUCGCUUCCGGAAAGAGAUAUUUACAUGCUAGGUGAAAUGCUUUUGCAGAUUGUAACUUGCAAAAGGGAUAUUAGACCCGAUAAAGUCGACAACAUAGUGGGGGAUCUUCGACAUAAUGACAACGAGUGGAAAGGGGUCGAAAGAGUGGUGAGAAUUGCUUUGUGGUGUAUGCAAAGUAAACCUUUCUUGAGACCUUCCAUUAGCGAAGUUGUUAAGGUUCUCGAGGGCACGCUUUCGGUUGAUAAGCCACCGUCUCGUCCAGACAUUCGAACCGUUGAUCACGAGAUCAUCGACGAGGCUCAUAGUUCUUGAAAAUUGCCUUGAAUAACUGCUUCUUUUUAUUCUCUAGGAAGAAAAUGAAAAUCCUAGAAGUAAACAUCAAACCGGAAUGAAAGAUUUGGCAAAAAGGCAAAUGAGUUGAAUAUCUUUUGUAAUAUUGGAAAAUCUUUUUGUUGGAGUAGAAAGAAAGCAUUGUUGAUAACUUAGAUUAAAAGAUAACAUAUAACUCUUAGUUUUUGUU